AUGUAUCGCGCACGGAACAUCAUAAAGAAUGAUGCAGUUGCCGUCAAACUUGAAACCAUCACCCAUUCAUCAUCUGUCCAGCAUGAAUACAACAUUUUGAAACACCUUGAAGGUGGCAUUGGUAUUCCUUGUGCCCUCUGGUUCGGUAGGGAGUCAACAUAUCAUGCUCUCAUUCUUGAUCUCCUUGGGCCAUCCCUGCACAGUCUCUUCCUUUCUCACAGCCAAAAAUUCAGCCUUGAGACUGUCAUAAAUCUAGGAGAUCAGCUGCUUUCAUGUCUCAAAUAUGUUCACUCGCACAAUUAUAUUCAUGGUGAAAUCAAACCACAGAACAUUGUUCUGGGUCUUGGCAAUACAAGGCACACCACCUUCAUUAUUGAUUUUAGUAUCACAAAGGAAUUCUGGAAUAUGUCAACUAGUGUCCAUAUACUGUUUCACCAAGGUCAAUGUCUCACUGGCACUCCUACAUUUGAAUCAAUCAACAAUCACUUGGGAUUUGAACCAGGUCGUUGUGAUGACCUCAAGUCACCUACAUACAUGUUGAUAUACUUCUUUCAGGGCUCCCUUCCUUGGUUAACCAGUGACCAAGAGAAACUUUCCAGUUCUUCCAUACUCAAGUGCAAAGUGAACACUACUAUUGAAGAUCUAUGCUAUGGAAUUCCUGUCGAAUUUGCAACAAUACUCAUUUACACGCGCUCUCUCGCAUUUUCAGAGGAUCCCAACUACAAUCACCUUCAUUCAUUGCUUUGUACACUUCAUUCUACACUACCCGCACCAGCUGCAUGCUUGCUGGAUAUAAACCAGCCUGGUGUACCUAUCACACAUUCCCCUUCCCCUCCAUUCUUCAAUAAACCCUGUGUAAUUGAGGCAGUGCCUCCAUGCCUGCCACUUCACAGAUCAACUUGUGUGUGA